AUGGGUCAAGCAGCAAAUGGUGAUUCUGAACUUAUCCGCAUCACCCUGAUCGACUACUUCUCCGAGGAUGUCCUAAUCGACAAUCUUGUCGAGCCGGAAGUUGAAAUGGCGCAUCUCAACACUAGGUACUCUGGCGUCACUUGGGGAGACAUCAAGAAGGCGAGGAGGGAUAAGACCAUUUUGAGAGGUAAAGCUGCAGCGCGUAAGGCUAUUUGGAGAUAUGUUGGACCUCACACGGCUGUUGUCGGCCAUGGUCUCGUCAACGAUUUGCGAUCUUUGCGGUGGUUCCACGACGUCAUCGUCGAUUCAUUCAUAACGGAGUUUGGUCGCGUGAAGCUGAAGGAAGAGGAGGAAGCGAGAUUGAAGGCAGAAGAAGAAAAAGCGAGACUCAAGCAAGAAGGCAUCGAAGACAGAGUCAUAUCGCCGGAUGUGGCCAACAACAAGGGAGGCGUCGCAGCUUUGGCCUCAGACCUGGCGACGACUGGCAAGAAACCGGAAGAAGCCCGACCAGCAAACCAACCUGGUAACCUCUCACUCAAGACCCUGGCGAAGCGCAACCUUGGCAGGGAUAUCCAAAUGAAGAGCAAGACGGGCCACGACAGUCUUGAAGAUGCGAUUGCGGCGAGGGACCUUGUCCACUGGAACGUGCUGAAGUUGAUGGGCCUAAAAUGA